AUGGGUUUUGAAAUUGGAGGGACAAUAGAGAAGGUGAAUGGGAAAGAAUUAAGUUAUAAUGAGUUUGUAGAGAGGUAUUUAUCAAAGAACCAACCAGUUGUUUUAACAGGUUUAAUGGAUGAUUGGCGGGCUUGUAAAGAUUGGGUCUUUGAUAAUGGAAAACCCAAUUUGAAAUUCUUCUCGACCCACUUUGGCAAUUCCAAAGUUCAGGUUGCCGAUUGUGGUACUAGAGAUUUUACGGAUCAGAAGAGGGUAGAAAUGACUGUUUCUGAGUUUAUUGACCAUUGGACUGAUGCGAAAGAGUGUGGUGGUGCAUCAAAUUCAUUUCAAGAGGAUAAUGGCAAGUCUGUGCUAUAUUUAAAGGACUGGCAUUUUGUAAAGCCAAUUGCAAGUGGCAACUAUCUGGCUUGCAUGAUCGUUCCCAGCAAUCUGUUCCCUGGACAACUCUUUUUUACUUACAGAGCCCUGCAACUUAACACUGUAGAACAUAGUGUCGGAUUGGAUUUGCUUUUGAGAGACUACAAGGAGGCUAAGGAGUAUAUAGAGGACAUCCGUGAUAUCUCUGAUGAUUUCGAAGGUCUAUGCCAACGCAAUCUUGCAGCUAACACAGCUGGAAAUCAUGGCUUCUUCUUGGAUUUGAUGGAAAUGUUAGAUGAUCCCAACUUUCUUCAACUGUGCAUUGAUAUGGGCAGAACAUAUGGGAUAAUACAUGAGCAACAGAAUUGUAGUUGUGAUACUAAGAAAGCUUGGAUGGUUGAAUUUUUAGACUGCAGUUCUCAUAUACAUAAUCUUGAAGAUCUUGUUAAGUUCAUUGACUAUUCUGUAGCAAAACUCACUGCUACUUUCUGUGAGGAAAAGUUUUUGGAGUCUGGAUUGAAUAGCUGGCCUCUCGUUGAAGAUCUCAAUGACGAGGCCUUGCAAUUUUCGCUUCUGCAAAACCAAGGCUAA